AAACAAGUUAGCUAACAAAUUCUAGCCUUUGAGAACUUUAAAAAUUGAUCAUCAAAUAUAUAUCCAAUAACACAAUAAAAAGAUGUCUGAAGUUCCGAUGAUGGAAUUAAGAAGUGCUCAGUGGUGGUCCGAAUAUUGGCAAGAAAAUUAUGUAGAAGUUCUUGCUUGUCCUAGAAAGUAUGAUUUGGGUGGAGGAGAAAGAAAUGCUAAGGGAACAAGUAGAGCCCAAGUUGGUAGAAUAAAUUCCCGAACUGAGAAUACAAGUACUAGACAAGGCUUCUUUACGAGUAGACAAACUGUGGACAAGGAAGCCGAAAGAUAUUCAUUCCUUACGAAAGAUCAAGCUCCAGAAGAAGAAGAGGAAGAUGAUUGUGGAGAAUGUGAAGAUCUUUUUGGUGAUGAAGAUGAAACAUUAGCAAAACCAAAGGAAUAUCCAUGGAUUGGCUCUAUCACAAAUAGAGUAAUUUCAAUUCCAAGAAAUACGAGUGAAAAAUCCAAGUUGAUUGAUCCAUUAUUUGAGGAAAGUGGAGCUGUGUUUGUUGCAACUCAGAUUUCUUACAGUUCAGGUGGUAAGAGUGGUUCUGCAGAUGGUGCAUUCUCAUCAACAAUUGUUGGAUCUCAAGAUGAAUCCUAUUUCGAACAGAGACAAGCUAGAGAAAGAGCAUCUGGAGUUGACAGUUUCGAAAAGAAUAUCAGACAAUUCUUCUCAACACUUCUAAAUGAUUGGUGGUGUUCUGCAAAUGAUUCCUCUGAAAAGCUACUUGUCAAUCAUUCAAGCAUUGCAAGAAAAAAGAAAGCUGGCAGAGAUCGUUAUGGACCUACCUAUCAAGAAGAAAAUAUUGAAAUAUUAUCAGUCACUUAUGAAUCAGAAGGAAAAGAACCAAUCACAAUAUGUACAUUCAUUAAGGAUCGUUCAUACUAUGGUUAAAGAGAAUUGUAAACUUCACCUUUCUUCAAGCUUUAGAAUUGAAAGAAAAUCUAAAGAAAAUCUAAAAACUUCUCAAUACCCUUUCCACUAAAAGCAAGUUGUAAAUAUG